AUGCUUCAAACAUUAUUAAAAUGGAAGGAGGAAAACCCAUUAUGGGUAGUUGCACCACAUAUUGAGACAGUAUCAAGAAAGCUAAAUUCUUUAUUAUGGCUUUCUCCAGCACAAAGGUCCCUUUAUGAGCAGUUUCAUGAUGUGGUAAUUAUGGAUACAACUGCAAAUACGAACCAAUUCCAGAUGAUGCUUUUUAUUGUUGCCAUAAUAGAUAAUAAUUUUAGAACAAGGAUUGUAGCUAGUUGCAUCAUUGAAGAUGAAACAUUGGAUACUUUUAAGUGGAUUUAUGAAACACUGCUUGAGAAAACUAGUGUUAUUCCUAUGGUAAUAUUUACCAAUAGUAAUCCCACAAUGAUAAAUGCAAUUAAUCAAGUUGACAAUAUAUUAAAGAAAUUUCUUACACCAAUUAUGCUUGGUAAACAGAGGGAUCAAAUGAAUGCAAGUGUCUGCUAUGAUGUUAUACAAGUUUAUAAUUGGCAUAGUUUAAUUGAGAAAGACGUUGAUAAUAAAGAAAUCAGGCUUUGGAUUAGAGAACAGGAUUACGACACAAGACAAAUUUUAUUUACAUCUUUAAUUGAAUUAAUAUCAGAAGAAAUGAUUACUCAAGUCUGGCAUGUUCAUCCUAAUAUUACUCCAAAUGACCUUUUUCUUCAAAUGCCUGCGAUUUCUAUUUCUGUGCCUGUUCAACAAGAACCUAUGCCAUCCAAGACAAUUUAUGUGGAACUAUUUGGAGUAUCCAAAAAAGUAGUUGAUGUUGCGAUUAAAGCUAAUGCUUACAAAGAAUUAUCUGAGGUUUUAAAAAACUUUCUUUGUGAAACACAAAGCAAAGUAAAUGAUCAGCAACAAGAUAUAGAUAGUAUUAAUGUUAUUAAUCCAUUUAUCACAAAACACAAAGGAUGUCCUCCUAAAAGAUUUAAAUCUGCUGUUAAGUCUAAAGAAAAGUAUCCAUUAAAAAAUAGUACACAACUUAAUAUAGUUAAUAAAAAUCCUAAUGAAGAUAAAAAGAGUUUAAAUUUUAAUAAAGGUCAGAAGUGCAGUAAAUGUGGUCAAGCAGAUCAUUAUGCUAAAACUUGUACAAAAAAUGAAUAA